UUGUUGCUUCGUUAAAAGAUAUAUAAGAAAACGCUGGCCUCAGUUUAUGCACCUUCAGUUACGUACGCAUAUUAAAUAGUUUUUAGUAGCAAAAAGCAAGUGAAAAGAAUAAGGUUACUUGUGAACAACAAAAGUAUAAUCACUCGUGAUAUAAUAAAGUGAUUGGUGACAUAAACCACAAUUUUAACAGUGAAUGAAAUAAUAAGAUACAUACAUACACGUGAAUUAAAAUGCAAGGAUUUCGCAACUACGCUAUGGAUUCAAUGCAGCACCGCGAGCAACCGAUAUCCGUGGAUUUACUCAAUGCACACCAAUACAAUUCCAAAUCAUCGCCGCCGCUUUCACCGCUAAGUGACUGCAACAGCCCACCAUCAGAGCAUAAUCAACAGCAGGCACCAUUGGACCCAUCUGUCCGACGAUACCGAACCGCUUUUACUAGAGAUCAGCUUGCUCGGCUUGAAAAAGAAUUCUACAAAGAAAAUUACGUCUCUCGGCCACGACGAUGUGAACUGGCCGCUCAGUUGAACCUUCCGGAGUCCACAAUUAAGGUCUGGUUCCAAAACCGUCGCAUGAAGGAUAAACGUCAACGUAUUGCCGUCGCGUGGCCAUAUGCAGCGGUUUAUUCUGAUCCCGCGUUUGCUGCUUCCAUUCUACAAGCUGCAGCUAAUUCCGUCGGCAUGCCGUACGGAUACCCGCCCGCUCCAAUGCUACCCCAGAUACCAGUUAUGCCACCACAGAUGCCGUCGGCUGCCGCAAAUCAUUUCUCCUACGGCUACCGUUACGCCCCAUAUCCAAUUCCGCAAAGGAACGCAUCUCUUCAAACCCCGCCGUAUCCAACUGCCGCCGCUGCUAUGCUCAGCACUAUGCCUCAGGGAUACACACCACUGUCCAUCCCGAAACCGCACACUCCCCCACAUGACCUCCAGAGUCCGUCAUCCCCACAUUCAGCACUAUCGCUCAGCCCUGCAUCUGACAAAUCGAAACUAGAUUUCUCUUCAUCCACCUCCAAUAGCACGGCCAGUCCACUGAAGUCACUCAACGGAUCUGCGCACGGUUUACUCAUGACUGCUCCGUUGACGCCCAGCCAAACCAUUCUGACACCCUCACCGGAAAAGCCAAAACUAUUCAAACCGUACAAAUCAGAAUUGUAAUCAAGGCUGUUUGCUCUUACGGCUCUUUGUUCCCUUAGUUAUAUCAAAUGAUUCGAUAUUAUUCGACAUGCGCAGUACCUUGUUAAAUUUUCCCGUUAAUGGCGGAGAUUGUGCCAUUUAUAUUUAUUAGAAAUUCCACGUUGGGCAGGCACGUUUGGUUUUUCAAUUUAUGCAGAAAAGAUGUAUUUCGAAACCUUAUCACAAACGUGACACUGUAGCAGAACUGAACAUGUUUAUUGCAACGACGAAUGUGUUUGCAUCAAAUGCAUUCAAGUGAUCGAAAAUGUUUAGAUAAUUUAUAAUCAAAUCGAACGACGAUUUUAGUCAAAUGUUUGUAUUAUUUAAGACCUUAAUAAAUAACGACAAU